GAGACAAAGUUAACGGCGGAUAAACUUUUGUCAAAGAUAUUUCUUGAGAACGCCACGUGUCGACGGUGUAAUGAUCAGAGGACCAAACCAAAGUCCUUCUCACUUCUCUGACUGCUUAGCUCAAAUCAACUCAUCACAAAACAUCAAUCAAACUCAUCCCUCAUCCCCCGAAAACUAUACAAAACAAAACCCAAACCCCCAUACACUUCACCAGACCAAACCCUCUUCUCUCUCUCUCUCUCUCUCUCUAGGGUUUUCGCUUUCCCUAAAUCUCUUCCUCAAUUUUUUCAAUUACUUCGCCAUCGUCGAUUCUAUCCCCUAAUUCAUCGCAAGUGAUCAUGGAGGUUCCACCGGGAAUGGAAGAGAAUGUGAAGUCUGAGGCUCAUUUGACUUCAGCAGCGGCUUUUGUGGAGGGUGGAGUACAGGAGGCUUGUGAUGAUGCUUGCAGUAUAUGCCUUGAAGAUUUCUGUGACAGUGACCCUUCUACAGUUACUGGCUGCAAGCAUGAGUUUCAUCUCCAAUGCAUUCUUGAAUGGUGUCAAAGAAGCUCACAAUGUCCUAUGUGCUGGCAACCCAUCAGCCUGAAGGAUGCCACCAGCCAGGAGUUACUUGAGGGUGUUGAGCGGGAGAGGAGUUUAAGGUUUAAUCCAACGAGAAAUGCUACAAUAUUUCAUCAUCCUACUCUUGGAGAUUUUGAGUUGCAACAUUUACCAGUGGGUGCUAGUGAUUCUGAGCUAGAAGAGCGAAUAAUUCAGCACUUAGCUGCUGCUGCUGCAAUGGGGCGAGCUCGACACAUUGCUAGAAGGGAAGGCCAUAGAAAUAGGUCAUCAGCUCAGGGUCGUCCCCAGUUUCUUGUAUUUUCAACUCAUCCUAAUGAUAGUGGAGCAUCUACUGCUCCCACUUCUUCCUCUCCAGAUCAGAGGGGGGAAGGUGAGCCAGUUCCUGCAAUCAACCUAGCUCUUCCUUCUGCAAAUCCCGGAGAGGAAUCAUCACAGUCGGUUGCUUCACUUCCAUUUACCCAAGCUGAACCUGUAUCUGCUGCAGCUUCAUCUUCAGCUUCAGCUUCUGGAUCAAGCGACAUUCCCCAACCAGGGUUUGCCUUAAAUAACAGUAUGCCACCAAGUCAGUCAUCUCCAAAUAGUCAGGAUAGAGCUGGACCAUCAGAUUUUCAAUCAUUUUCCGAAUCUCUGAAGUCUCGAUUCAAUGCAGUGUCGAUGAGAUAUAAAGAGUCAAUUUCGAAAAGCACAAAGGGUUGGAAAGAUAAAUUAUUCUCGCGCAACACUUCCAUGGCAGACCUUGGUUCUGAAGUUAAGAGGGAGGUCAAUGCAGGUAUUGCAACUGUAUCUCGCAUGAUGGAGCGUCUUGAAACGAGAGAUAAUAGUAGAACUGGCGAUGCACCAGUAUCAAACAAUUUAAAUAAUUCAGUUUCAGUAUCAGACAACCAGCCGACCUCAGAUUCUAGUGGCGACAAUUCCUUGAGUGACACUACUGUCAAGGCAUCAGGCGCGGGAGGUUCUAGUUCAAAUUAAGCACUAUUCUUCAAUCGAAUCAGCUCAGAGCAGUUCUUGGUCAAGGGUGAGAUGUUGGGGAUCUGAUGCUGUCUGUCUAUGCCAACCAUACUCUUGGUGUCAGUAGAUAUACCUUUUACAUUUUGAGAGAUUUUGAUCAUGAUAUUAUGAAUGAAUAAAAGACGUAGUAGUGGAAAUGGAAUAGAAAAGAAAGCUCAUCACUCCAAACCAGAAAAGCAGUGUUUGUAAAUCAGUUUGUACUAAAGAAGUAAUUUAUGAAUAUAACUUUUAAGUCUUGCAGGGCUAAUGCAUUCGUUUUAUUAAAGAUGAUUACAUUAUUAUCUCUAACUUUGAAUCUUGCAUAUAUCUCUGUAUAAGAAUUCCUUAUAUAUGUGACUUGACUUUAAUGAGAAAUAUAAUCAGUAGUAGUAGCACUUUGUCUUGCUACUCUAAUUCUUA